CCACUGAAGAUGAGCUCCUGGUUGCUUCGUCGGUGCGUGACUCCGCUGGCAGUGGCGCGUGUUCGCGCGUGUGCAGCUUCGAACGCUUCUCUGAGUGUCUUCUCCUCCCCAUUGAGCACUCAAUGUGCAUUGAACUGCGCUCCUCGCACUCGUUUCCCGGCGCAAUUGAUUUCUCCUCUCAUGUCGACUUCUUCAUCGCCUUUGCUGCCUCGACCGCUUACUUCGCCUGUAAACAGAGUUUUACUGAACGGCUCGAUGUCGCCUGUGCUGGCAAUCCAGCUGAAACGCUUUUACUCGCCCGGGAGGAACCCGUGGCAGAAUGGCAGUGACUGGAAGUCCACAGUGAAGACUGGAGGUCUCGUGCUGCUGGGCACGGGGGCGCUUAUCGCCUCCACAUCGCUGGCGUUUGGAUUGGUCAUUGCGGGGGCUGCGGGAUUCGGAAUGUACACUCUGUAUCAACGGUUCAUGGGCCCGUACCGGUCGCACUUUCGGUCGUCGAGCAAUCCGUUUAGCAGCGUCAGCUCCAACGUCGAUGCUCUGAAUGAUAUGUUUACACGUAGUCGACGACGCACCAAGUCGGCGGUGCAGGAUGAUCUGGAUUCACUGGUCCAGGGCAUGCCGCUGGUUGUGCGAGGGCUAGUGAAGACAAUGUUUUCGUUUGUGGGCAAGGCGAUGCAGAGCUCGAUGGAGAGGGCGGGAGAACUGCGGCGACGUACAAAUGAGUGUUUGCAGGCGAACAAGCGCGUGCGUGAACAGAUGGGAGAGGAUGUCAGCGUUGGCGGACCGGAGCAGUGGAUAGAGUCGACUGUGAAUGGUACUGGACGCGUUGAAGCCGUGUUUCCGGUCAAUGGAGCGUACGGAUCUGCGCGCGUGACGAUGGAGGCUUCGGUCGGCCAAGGAGGAAAGCUGAACUUCACGGAACUCAAAUAUCGCAACAGCCAAACCGGAGAUGUGAUCGACCUGCUGCGUGACUCAUCGGUGGGCGGCCGACGGAAGACCGUCAUUGAUGCUGAGUACGUCGACCUGGACAACGACAGCCGAUCUCGAUGGUGA